AACCUUGCGUUUUGCGUAUACCCAAACGCUGAUUGUUCACUGCUGGCCAGCCCAAUCGAAGAAAAAAACGCACACGGACACAGACAAGACAAAAGCUGGUGCGUAAGGAGGCUCGUCGCAGUUUGUGACGCGUACCGCGUACGGUUGAAUUACGGUGUAAGAAGGUCAUCUUCACCGCCCUGAGGGAAAGCAACCGACAGGGGACAGAGAAAGAAGCAAAAACGUCAACUGCGGUGAUCUCUGCGGGCUUGCUAUAGUGGCUGUGUGUGUGUGUGUGUGUUGGACAGGAGUGAGUGAGUAUGCGGGUAUCCAUUUUUGCUGCGAUCUCGCAGUAACAUUCAGUCGGUCGGUCGUGUAUAAAGCAAUAGCAGAAGGACCUGUCGGAUACGGCGGCCUUGUAUCCUGGCACACCGGUUAGUACCAUUUCCGGUGACACAAGGAAAUAGGAAGUGUCAAUCUCUAGGAAGGAAGGAAACGUAUGCCAAGGUGGACACCUUUUUUUGAUUGCCAGACAUAAUCAUAUCAAUCGUAGCAAGGCGUUUUGUUGUUCGAACGUAGCUGCAUCAUCGUUUCAAACUUAGCCCGCUGCACUUUCGUUUGGAUUGGUUACUAGUCCCAGUACGGCAGGGUGGUGACAUCAAAAUGUGCUGAUUCUGCACCGAGGAAAGAUUAUCGAUAAAGUAAAUCGCCAACACCCGGGCCGAAAGAUUGGUGUCCGGUUGGACACACACGCAUACGUACGGUAGCGAGGAAAGGAGCAGGUUGGAUAGCGAAUGUGGCCGCACAGUGCACACGGUGGUUGUUAAAGCGGAAAGAGAUUGCUGAACGCGAGCGCCCGCGUGUGUGCGUGUGUAUGUGUGUUUGUGUUAUUGUGGGGCAUUGUGUGUGCGCCGUUGGUUGACGACGGCUAAUACGCGAUAUGAUGGUGCUUUAGGGAGAGAGCCUAUCUCAUUAUACCAUACCUCGAAUGGCUUUUCUAGCGCGGCCGUUCACGGAUCCCAAUGCUUGCUAUGUGGUCUGCAAGAAGUACUAGUGAAUGUGUGAGUUUCAAAUAGUAGAAGUGAAAAGUGAAAACAUCAAACACCUCAUCCGAAGACGGGCGCAGCAGCAGCAGCAGCAGCUCCAUUCGUUCCAUUUCUCUCUCUCUUUCUCUUUCACUCUAUCUUUUUCCCUUUCCUGUGCCGUCUGGUGCCUGGUGUGGAUGGUUGAUGUGGCUGGCUCUGGCAUACCCUAUUGUCGCCGGCAUCCGUCUUUCCUCCGUUGCCAUCUUGGGCACCGAAUCCGAACCGAAAUCCACCCUUUUUAAUAAUAUCAUUCGGUGCGGGACACCGAAACCGAUCCCCACUUCACGCCCUGCUCGGACCACCCGGCCUCGGGACAUUAAGCUGCUCCGGUGCUGCGGGCUGUGUCCGCGCCACGGCUAUUAUCCAGCGGAGCGCAUCGGGAAAGGAAAAGCGAAAAUCUUCGAACGAAUCCGUCCGGCGGUGGCAGCAACCAAACGGGCAAAAGAAAACAAAAUCCGUACGAACAAAUACAGGAAAAGCCCUGCCUCCCCAGCACUCCUCCCCCAUUCCCAUUCAUUUUACACACAUACACAAACACUUGAAGGUGGUGAUCGCGAAAACAUCAUCCACACAUCUUGCAAUCCAAACCAACGUGGCGCGCCCCUAUAAGGGCUCCUAAAACGUCGACAGUAGCAGCGUGUGGUGCAUAUACGUGACAUUUUAACUGAGUGCCGACUUGCCGACCCCGAGCCCUGAGACAUCUUUUUACAGUCCAAAAUAUCGCCGGAAACAAUCGCACGCAACGGACUCACGAUGGAUCUUUUAUCGAAACCCGAAGUGAGCGCUGUCGUCGAGUAUGACUACGCGGCCAAGGAACCGGACGAGCUAACGUUAAAGAAGGGUGCCAUCAUUACGAACAUCAAAGUGCAGGAUGGUGGCUGGUGGGAGGGCACACUGGUCACUACCGGGCGUACCGGUGUGUUUCCGGACAACUUUGUCCGUGUGCUAGAAUCGCAGGAUAAGAAUCAAGUCGUCCUAAGAGAUAAAAGUGCAACGCUGAAUCGAAGGUGUAAAGUCAUUUACAGUUAUCAAGAGAACAAAGCGGACGAACUAACGCUAGCGGUUGGGGAUGUUAUUGAAUUUUUCGAAGAGGUCGAAGAAGGAUGGUGGCGUGGUAAGCUAAAUGGGCGAGUCGGUGUGUUUCCAUCCAAUUUUGUAGAAAUGAUCGAAUCCGUAUCGCCAAAAUCGUCCAGCCGGAAGAGUGGCAACGUCGGUGGGCUCGGUGUAACGGCGAUCGAUGGUACCGGCCUGGCAGGCACCGGGUCGUUAGGGAUGAGUCUUUCCAAAAGCAACAGCCUCAACAAAAGCCGCACGAGCUUGAACAGCUCGAGGGAAGAUCUUGAUCGGCACGAUGCACCAUCGCUACCGCCGAAACCCGUCCGGGACUUGUGCAAGGUACUGUUCGCUUAUCAACCGGCCAACGAGGAUGAGCUAAAGCUGGUCGAGGGUGACAUUAUAACGAUCCUUUCGAAGGAUCUGCCAGAUAAGGGCUGGUGGAAGGGUGAACUUCGUGGUCGGGUUGGAGUAUUUCCGGACAAUUUCGUUUCGUUGCUACCACCGGAAGGUGGCAAAUCGUCGGCUAACAUAUCGGCAUCGGUUCGGUCCCUUGCCAGCACAACCACCGGUGCCGGUAAUCUACAUCAUCCGGGUGUAGUGUCGCCGGUUAAGGAUCCGCUGCACGUACCGAAACCGGACCGUCCACCAACGGCUACUAAGAUGCAGAUGUUUGGCAAGCAAACGUCACUCAAUUCGUCCUCUACCACAGCUUACCGCAAGGAAAGCUUCGGUUCGAAAGAUUCGUUGAACGAAUCCACUGGCAGUGUCGGGAGUGUAGGUGGCGCAGGCUCGGUGACCGGUUCACCGACGUACAAUAGUGUUGCAGCACACCGGAAAUCACUCGAAAACAAGAACACGGAGAAUUCUGCGGCGUCAACGGGUACCAUUGGGGGUGGCGUCGUGACGGAGAAACCUCCACGCAAAAGUCUGGAAAACAAAGCAUCGGAAAUACGCAAAAGUUUGGAAAAUCUGGACGACAAAAAGGCUACACCACCACCGGUGCUGGGGAAAAAGCCACAAGUUCCGAUAAAAAAAUCGCCCUCCAUUACCAGCGUCACAGGGAAUUUGUUUUCUGGCCUAAAGCAAAAGGUAAAAGGUGGAGGACCAUCGAUGGAAAAGGACAAAUCAUCGGACGAACGGGACGGUAUCGGUAGUAGCAAGGUGCGAUCGGAAAUAGCGGACAACGGCGAUAGAUCGAUCGUUGGCGAACGGAUCGAUGUGGAGCUGGGUCACGUUGAGCGUGGCACCUCCGUACUGAAGGAUAUGCGUGCGAACCGUGCGAAGGCACCGAAGCGACGGCCACCCUCAUCACCGAGCAGUAUUAUUACAACCGAUCCGAAUGCCACCGGUAUUACCGCCAACGGUAGUGGUGGUGGUGGUGGUGCUUCGCUUAGUAAUGGCAAUUCCGGGCUCUUCAAUCAACUGUCACUGUCGUUCGAGUCCGAUAGUGUAAAACCGGACCUGACGACCAGUGGUGGACCGCCGAGCGCUAACAAUUCCUUCGGUGCCAGUUCGAUCGUGUCGGGCGACGGUGAGGAAUCAACGCCAAAGGUACCGAAACCGCGCGAGUGGGAAAAAAAUAAAGUACCGUGGAUGGACGAGUUGAAGGCGAGCCAGGCCAAGAAGACGACCGCGGCCGAAAGCAAAUCACCCGAGCAUCAUCACCAUGUGACGUCCUCGCAAAACAGUAGCACCAGCAACAAUAGUCACGUACAGGAAGAAUCGAGUAUUUCCAAAUCAUUCCAUGCAAGCACCACUACCACCACCACGGGUGGUGGUACACCGCCUGUUCCGUCGGGUAAUGCUGUCCGUGCCCGACUGAUGGAACGGUCCGCCACGACGACGAGCGUCCCUUCGGAGAGCAAUCACGCCACCAGUACCAGCAAUAUGAAUAGUUCCUUCGAUCUGAUUGCGUCGUGCAAUCGGAAGGAAACGGCCGCAUCUACCGUCAGUAGUAGCGGUAGUGCGCAGCAGCAGCAAACCGUCGACACAUCGAGCGUGAGCGCCAUGACCAAAUCGAUGUCCGCUCUGUCAACCACCACGACCAAGAUUGCCAUUUCCUCGUCAUCAACCGGGACCGUUUCCUCGACAACGGCGGUUACCGAAAACAACGGUACACAUGAACCGGCAGUGUCGGCCACCGCACCAUCCCCGAACAGUCGCCCGGUCAGUGUGAACCUUCGGAGUACCAGCAUUUCACCAACGCCACAAAAUCGCAAUGCGAAAACGAUCCACAUUGUGGGCAGUAGUAGCACGGGCACGUCUGGCGCCAUUAAACCAUCAUCGACCGAAUCGGCGAACGUAACACCAAUUUCGAUGGAGAACGUUUGUGGCCGGGUACAGGAACUGGAGCAGAAAGUGAAUCGUAUGGAGCGACAGCUCGCUGCACAGAACGGGCUUAUCGAGGAACUAACGCGUAUGUUGCGCGGCGAAUCGGAUAAGGUGAAGACGCUUCAGAAGGAACUAGAAAAGUACGCCCAAUGUGUUACGCAGGUAUGAUGAAUGGAGUAAAAUGGCACAACAGAACCGCGAUAGCACCACGGGACAAGAUGAAGAGCGAACACACACAAGUGGCGACAUUCUUGCGAUCGCACUUUUAGGUAGUAUUACAUUUUAUUCAUAGGUUUUCCUACUACUACUACUACUACUAGCGGUGAUCGAUAGUGAUCGAUCGAUCCGCAUACGACGGACCUCCGUUUUUUUGUUUUUUGGUAAACCAUUGGCCGAUUGUGUAAUCCAUUUAGUUAUUAGGUAGAAACGGCGGGCCCCCGUUGUACAGUGAUUGAAUAGUGACGUAGAUCAUUGGUAAAAGUGAAACGAUCACCACGAGCGAAUGGGUGUGGUGUGCUUGCAGCAACCAGAAACUACUAAGUAACUUGUUGGACUUGAUGGAAUUAGAAUUUAGUACUCUUUCGGUACUUUAGUAUCAUUGCCAUUGAAAAGAAAAGGGAAACUUGGUCGCGCUGAUAGUGAUCGGUUAAGGUUAUCUGCUUACUAAAAAAAAAGGUUUGAAAUUCUAACUAUGAAUUGUGUACAUGUACGAUAGAAAUUAGAAGAAGAAGGAAAAGGAAACGAUACAAGUUCCAUACAAUUGAAAACCCCAACGCGCAAUAAUGGCAAGUGGAAGAAUGUAUUAUCAAUUAUUACUUUACUUACGAAGUGGUUUCUUUCCUUUUCGGAGAGAGAGAGAGAAAAUCGUACGUUUAAAUGAAGCGAAUCGGUAACGUGGUAACGCUGACGCACACAGGACAAUGCCGAACGACGUAAACAUAAUAUAGUGAAUUAACAGUAAGCUAAGAUUAUUUCCUAUCGAUCAUUCCAAUCGCUUUUUGAUUUUUUUUUUUCGCUAGCAACGCUGAUUAGAAAUCAUGGAUAAUGCCUAAAGUAUUGACACCAUAGGAAUAUUAGCGAACGAUGUAAAAUUGUAACGGAAGAUAAAUAUAUUCCCCGUUUCCCCUUCCCUGUGGAGUGUUGUUGCGCUACGAUUAGAGGCCCCACAGCCACACGAUCAUCGAUCCUCCUCCCCGCGGUACAACAGCAAAUGGAAAUAUGCAAUUGAAACAGCAACAACAAAACAAAAACAAACAAUGAAGAAAGACGAUUAAGGGAUGCGGAAGACUAACCCUUGACACUAACGUUGGAACGAGAGCUGAGAUAUAAUUAUGAGAGAAAAAACCCCGAACCCGGUACGGAUUUACCUAGGGGUUUGUUGUGGCUUGCUUUUUUUAUAUAAUAUACAAAAACACACAUGUAUUCUACAGCUACAAAGUUUCCUACUCCGCCAGACGUAAAACGUUUAUCCCCCGUGUUUCUUUUGUUUUGUAAUCCGUCAUCAAAUAGCUGAUUAGUAGUAUCUAGUGUUAUGCAUUUUCGUCAGUAAAAAAAACUAAACGCGCGUACACAAUACGUUUCGCGUAUGAUCGGUAAAAUGGGACCGCACGCACACACACAUACCGGUAUGGCUGCGGAAGGAGCGCACCAAUCAUGUUGUGCAGUAGUUAUAUUGAUAUACCUUAGUGUACUUAAGUCGCGCGCGAAAAAAAGAUGAUCACAUUAAAAUAUGAAAAGCAACAGUAAUACA